AUGCGAUUACGGUACCUGCGCUCGGUGCUGCGCCAGGAGAUCGCCUGGACCCAAAUCGAGCAGGAGAAGUACGCGGUGGCGGGUGCUGUCGCUGAACAGGCCCUGUCGUCGAUGCGCACAAUUCGAGCGCUGAACGCCACAGAAGAAGGAGCUACCGGAUUUGCCGUCUGCAUGGAAGGAGUCGCGAAAGGCCAGCCUGCCCAAAUAUUUCAUGAUCGGCAUCUCGAUUGGGUUUAUGCAUCUCUGUCGCUAUGGCUCGGCAUGAAAACACAUUUUUGGUACGCAGGAAAGCUAAUUGCCGAGAAUACGGUGACCAGCCGUGGUACGGUCUUCACGGUCCCCACCAUCGAUCCAUAUUCUGAAGAAGGAAUCAAGAAAACGGAUCUUCAAGGUAACAUCCACAUCAAGAACGUGAAAUUCCGCUAUCCGUCUCGACCGGAAAUCCAGAUCCUGAAAGGGGUUUCGCUGGAAGCAAAAGCUGGGCAGAAAAUAGCGCUCGUCGGCGCUUCGGGCUGUGGGAAGAGCACGAUCGUCAACCUGCUGCUCCGUUUCUACGACCCCGAAGAGGGUACGGUAAUGAUCGACGGGAUUGAUUUGAAGACAUUGAACGUCCGGUGCUUGCGCGAUCAAAUCGGAAUUGUUUCUCAGGAACCGGUCCUUUUCGAUGGUUCCCUACUGGAAAAUAUUCAAAUGGGUCGGGAUGGCGUGACCGAAGAUGAAGCCAUUCACGCCUGUAAACUGGCAAACGCGUGGGGAUUCGUGGAAAAACUGCCGGACCAGCUUGGGACUCGCGUCGGCGAGCGUGGAGUGCAGUUGAGCGGAGGUCAAAAACAGCGGAUAGCCAUCGCUCGGGCGCUCGUGAAAAAUCCACAGAUUUUGCUGUUGGAUGAGGCGACGUCAGCGUUGGAUACGGAGAGUGAGGCCGUUGUCCAAAAAGCCCUGGAUCAAGCUCAAACUGGCCGCACCGUAUUCAUCGUGGCCCAUAGAUUGGCCACCAUCCGAGACGCUGAUCAGAUUUUUGUCUUCAAAGCCGGCCACAUCAUCGAGCAGGGCACCCACGAGGAGCUGAUCAUGAGAAAAGGAGCCUUCCACCAGAUGGUACAAGCGCAACUUUUGCGGUCGCUGGAGGAAAAGGCUACGAAAGAGGCUGAAGCCGAAACGGAAACGACCAUCCGAAAAAGGACGAGAACGAGGACCCUUUCCAGAUCGGACUCUAAUAGAGAAAGCAUACGAUCGAUCACGCGCUCAGCCAAAGAUUUCGAGAUGAUCGACGAGACCACCGUCGACGAUUUGGCCAAGGUGGAGGCCGAAGCAAAGGAAGCCAAACUGAAGCCGAUGUCCUUCCUGGAAAUCUUUACCUUUAAUAAGAAAGCAAUCCCAAAGCUGGCCAUCGGCUACUCGGCCGGUGCACUAAUAGGAUGCUGUACUCCAGUUUUUGCGAUCCUCUACGCCCAGAUUUUCCAGGUCUUCUCGCAACCAGUCGAUCAAAUCGUCGACUCGGUCCACUUCUGGGCUCUCGCCUUCAUCGUGCUGGGCUGCUUCCACUGUACCGGGGCUAUCUUUUCGAAUACAAUGUGCGGAAUGGCCGGCGAGGACUGUACCACCGGGCUCAGGGAGUUGGUUUUCAAGUCGUUGAUGGCCAAGGAUAUCGGCUUUUUUGACGACGAAAAGAACGGCACCGGAAAGUUAUGCACCCGCUUGGCCACCGAUGCGCCAAACGUGCGAUAUGUUUUUACCCGAAUGCCGCUUGUCACCUCCUCGUCGGUGACCAUCAUCGGCUCGUUGAUGCUGGCCUUCAUUUUCGGCUGGAAAUUGGCGCUCUGCGUAAUCCCAUUCCUGCCGGUCAUCAUCAUUGCCCAGGCAGUCGAGAUGAGAAUGCAGCUGGGCAACAAGCUACGCGACGCCCGUCAAUUGGAAGAAGCCGGAAAAGUUGCACUGCAGGCCGUUGAUAACAUUCGAACUGUGCAGGCACUAAACAAGCAACAACAUUUCAACGAUCUUUACUGCGCGCACCUUGACAAACCGCACAGGGCGAACGUGCGGGGAUCGCACUUCUACGGUCUCGUGUUUGGCAUCGCGCAGGCGAUCGUUUUCUUCAUGUAUUCCGUUGCUUUCUUCAUUGGGGCGCUUUUUGUCAUGGAUCUCACGAUGCAACCUAUUGAGGUCUACAGGGUAUUCUUCUCGCUGGCGUUUUGCGGCCAGAUGGUCGGCGCGAUAGCCACCUUUAUGCCGGACAUCAUCAAGACGCGAUUGGCGGCUUCGUUGAUUAUGAACUUGGUCAACUAUCCGACCAAAAUCGACAACCUGUCCGAGGAGGGCGAUGACAAGAAGAUCACCGGGAACAUCAGCCUCGAGAAUCUGCACUUUAGCUACCCGACACGGCGACAAAUUAGAAUUUUACAAGGGUUGACGCUGAAGAUAAAGCCCGGGCAGACAGUCGCCUUCGUCGGGCAUUCUGGAUGUGGCAAAAGUACGGUGCUGAGUCUUCUAGAGCGAUUUUACGAUCCUCUCUACGGGCAAAUUUGCCUAGACGGAACCCCCAUCAACCAAUACUCCCUCCCCAGCCUCCGGAGUCAGGUGGGCAUCGUCAGCCAGGAGCCGACGCUUUUCGACUGUACGAUACGCGACAAUAUUGUUUACGGAAUGGACAGACAAGCUAGCCAAGAAGAGAUCGAAGACGCGGCUCGGCUGGCUAAUGCUUAUGAUUUCAUUACGGGGCUACCUCAGGGGUUCGAUACCCCGGUUGGGGAACGGGGAACACAGUUGAGUGGAGGCCAAAAACAACGGAUUGCGAUCGCCCGGGCGCUCGUCAGAAAACCUGCAAUCCUGCUGCUUGAUGAAGCCACAUCAGCGCUUGAUACGGAAAGUGAAAAGGUCGUACAAGAAGCGCUAGAAAAAGCGCGAGCCGGCCGGACCUGCCUUGUAAUCGCACAUCGAUUAUCCACAAUACAGGAUGCCGACGCGAUCGCUAUCGUGCACGAGGGUCGGGUUGUGGAUGUCGGCACACACGAGCAGCUCCUCCGCCGCAACGACAUCUACAAGAAGCUGUGUGACACGCAAAAACUCGUCGAAACGCAUAAA